AUGAAUACAAUAGAAAUACAAAAGUCAGUCUACUACUCAACAGUGAUGGCCUCCAUGUCAUCCGUGCUGUUCGGAACAUCACUUACGGUGAUGGGAAGCAUGUAUCCGUAUGUCUCAAAAAUGUGGAGGCAAACAAUGGAUCAGGCAGAAGUGGACAAUUUGUGGGGGUUGGCAUCAAGCAGUAUAUUCCUCGGGUGCCUGGCUUCAAACAUUCUGUCAAGCAUAAUCAAACCAAACAUGAAAAGAGCCUUAAUAUUUAACAGCAUUUUCUAUGCAAUGGGAUACAUGACCUUUUUCUUUUCUCAGAGUUUCAUGUCUAUCUUUUCCGGGAGAUUGAUCAUAGGAUUUGCUUCGGGGAUAACAUGUGCAAUCGUGCCCAUAUAUACCUCGUUUAUUUCGCCGGUUAUGCACAGGGGGUUCCUGCUGUCUUUCCAUCCACUUGGAAUCACUAUCGGAAUAACCUUAGGGAACGCCCUUUCUUGUCUCAAUUCAGAAAGCACCUGGACAAUUCCGCUAAUCAUAACUCUAUUCUUAAUAGGGCUGAAUUUUGUAGGGCUCUUCUGGGCAAUAGACCCUUUCCAUCAAGAGAAACCUUCUGAGGUAUCUCUUUAUGCCUUGAUCAGGAACCGCAAAGCGAGAAGGUCUGUCUUCCUUGUGAUGUUAGUCCAUGUGUCCCAGCAUCUUUGUGGUGUGGAUUAUAUAACCCUGUUUCUCAAAGAUCUCUUCCCUGCAGAUGUAUACUCUCCAGAAGUAACUGCCAUAUUGAUCUCCUUGGCCUCUGUUGUAAUAACUGCACUUUCAGGAAGAUACGUCGAUCGUGUUGGAAGAAAGCCUUUGAUCAUCAUCAGUUCUCUUAUCGCCGGUGGAGCAACAGCCAUGCUUACAUUCGGCCUGUAUCCAACCGCUGCAGCCUUAUUAUUCGUAGCAGGAUAUAAUAUGGGCCUUUGCUCUAUCCCAUGGUUCAUAACAGCAGAAAUAUUCCCACCGAAAUACUCAGGCCCUGCAGGACUUUUGGGUGUUUCUUUGAACUGGCUGUCAGCAUACACCACUCUAUCAGCUCUUUAUCCAUUGCACAUCAGGUAUGGAAGAAUUGUAUUUUCCUUCUACACAGCUUGCAUGGCCUUGUUUGCCGGACUGAUGGCCGUCUUUUUCAAGGAGACCAAAAAUAGAGCGCCAGCUUUUCAGUAG